UCAUUUGACAAUUCUCCACAUAUCAGCGAUUAGUCGGGGCGUGCACAUUCCCAGCGCUAAUCGCAACGAUUAGUCAAUAUAUAAGGAUACGGCACACGGAAUACAGAAUACAGUUCAAAAUGGAUAAUCCAUUAUAUAAUGUUGAACAUCCUGCAAUAAUGGCCACGCCGUGGUUCAUGCUGAGUGUCCUGGGCUUAUAUCUUUUUAUAGUGACUAACCUGGGACCCAAUUUUAUGCUCUUUCGAAAACCGUAUGAACUGAAAAAAUUGAUUAUAGUGCAUAAUAUUGUUCAGGUUGUGUCAUGCAUAUUCGUUGUCUAUGAGAUUCUCCACAUAACGGAGUAUACGAUUCUAUACUUUUGGAGAUGCAGCGUUGUGGAGGAGACGCCCGAACGGAUGGCGCGUCAUUUUCGCUUGGCAUAUUUCCUAUUCUGGCUAAAAUUGUCGGAGCUCAUGGAAACCGUAAUAUUCGUGAUGCGCCAGAAACAGAAUCAGGUGACCAAGCUGCACGUGUUCCAUCAUAUCAGCACCGUCACCCUCAUCUAUUUGCUGAUCAAUCACAAUCGUAAGAAUGGCUGCGAUGCGCUCUUUCCUAUUCUGCUCAACUCCAAUGUCCAUAUCAUUAUGUACACCUAUUAUCUGAUUGCCGCCGUGGCGGAUAAGCGAACGGUGCGCGCUCUGAUGCCCGUUAAGAAGUCAAUUACCGUUUUGCAGAUGGUACAGUUUACACUCAUCUUGGUCCAUGCCCUAUUGGUGUCGUUUACUUGCGGCGUUGAGAAGUCAAUCUUCAUAUACUUUAUAUUUGUUAUCGGGCUCAUGUUCUAUGGAUUUUACGAUUUCUAUGGCAAGUCCUACCAGAGCUCCAAGCGUAGAAAAAGUUCUAUUGCGGUCGCUGUUGUUGCUGCUGCCGCUGAAGCAGCUGAGGCGAAAUUACAGUAAAUAAAUAUACAGUCGUACAUACAUAUGUAUGUAUGUGUGUACAGACAAACAGACAUAAAU